AGGUGGAAGAAGAGGAGGGUGUGUGUGUGGGGUGGGGGGUGUCCUAAAAGAGUUUGCUGGUCCUCACACUUCAUCACUCCAGAUCCAGGCCACUCCGGGGCGGAGCUGCACCGUAUAGAGCUCGUCAUUUAGACGCUUUGGAUACUCGCUGCGUGGUAUCAUCUGUCGGCGCUUUAACGCGCAGGGUCGCUGCGGGUUUUUUGGGGGUUUUUUUUGUGUUGUUGUCUUUUUAUAAAGACGACUGAAGACGAAGACCAAGUUCACCUUGCGUGAUUGUUCGCCAUGGGAGCAGAGAGCUCAGUGCAGCGGGACGGGAAGAGCCAGGAGGAUGCCCCAGCCUCAGCCUCAGCUUCAGCCUCCGCCGGGGAGCUGAGUGCGGAGGUGCUCCAGGAGGGAGGCAGCGUCCUCGACAGCAAGUCUUUGCAGAAAAAUGGACAAAUCUCCAGCAUGACGAGUCUGAACGGACACUCGGAGGACAACACGCUGGCAGAAGUUGGCCAGCCAGAUGGUGUGUCUGUGGCUCAAAAGGAGGAGGCUCCUGAGACUAUGGAUACUAUUCAGGAUGAAGUGGCUCCUCAAGUGAAUGGCGAGAAAGUGGAGAAAGAGUCUCCUGAUGCCAAUGACAUCUCUGCUGUUGAGGAGAAAGCAGCGGAGGAGAAACCUGAUGAUGCCAAUGAAGUGGGCUUCAAGAAAAUCUUCCGCUUUGUGGGCUUUAAGUUCACACUGAAGAAGGACAAAAGUGAGGAGAAAGACCCUGUGAAGCUACUGACAGUCAAAGAUAAAGAAGGAGAGGAGGUUAGUGGGACUGAUGAACCUACAACGGAGGUGGAGGCUGCCACUGCUGAGGAGAAGAGCACAUCUGAAGAACGGGAGGCUGAUAUAGAGGCAGCUACUGUUGAGGCCGAAGUCAUUAAAGAAAGUGAAAAAGCUGAAAUCACUGAUGCUCCAGCUGAAGGUGCUGCCACUGAAGCUACUGAUGAAGCAGUCAAGGAGGAAGGAGCUGAGAAGGAAGUAGAGACCCUUUCCCCCUUCAGAAAGCUCUUCAAUGUAGUACUCUUCUCUAACCUGAGAAAGAAAGCCAGUAUCAAGAAGACAAAAGAGGAGGAAGACAAGGAAGCAGCUGUUGAGGAGGAGGCAGCUAAGACUGAAGAAACUGCUGCGGCUGGGGAAGAAAAGGAGGAGAAGGAUGAGGUAGAGCAAGAAACCAAGGAGGCAGCACCAGCAACUCCUGAGGAAGAAAAAACUGAGGCGCCAGUGACUCCAGAGGAAGCAAAAUCAGAGACUACCCCAGAGCCUGAGAUUACUGUUGAAAACCCUGCUCUGGCUGCAGCAACUACUUCUGAUGAGACCAAACAAGAAGAGGAAAAGGCCGAACCUAGUGCAGAAGAGGAGAAGGCUCCAGUAGAGGUGACUUCAGAGGCUGAGCUGCUGUCCUCACAGGAGAAGGCAAAGCCCCAGGGAAGCCCUCUGAAGAAGCUUUUCACUGGUGCUGGGUUGAAGAAGCUCUCGACUAAGAAACAGAAGGCCAAGAAAGAGGCUGAGACCAAGCUCACUGAGUCUGGGGAGCAGGUGGCUGAGCAGCUUCAAUCCUCCACUGAGUCAGCAGAGGCUCCAAAACCUGACAGUGGACCCUCAUCUCCCGAGGAGUCAGGAGAGCAUGUAAUUUCUGUGGAGGUGACCCAGAAUGAGUCUAGCCAAGAGACUGAUGGUGAAGUUGCCUCCGAUGGAGAGAAGAAGAAAGAGGGCAUCAUUGCCUGGUCCUCCUUCAAGAAACUAGUAACACCCAAGAAGCGUGUGAAAAGGUCUUCUGAGAGCGAAGAUGAAGCCACGGGUGAGAAACCAGCAAAGUCAGCCACCCUGUCCUCUUCCGAGAGUGCCGCGUUAGCAGAUAAGAGUGUUGAGGAGGAAACUAAGGACGAAGCACCAGCGGAGGAAGAGCCAAAGACUGAAAACACGGAGAAACUGGCUAGCAGCACUGAAGAGCCCAAAAAGAAAAUGGACACCUCUGUCUCCUGGGAGGCUCUAAUGUGUAUGGGUGGACCCAAAAAGAGGACUAGGAGGACCUCUGAUUCCGAUGAUGAGGAGACCAAAAUUGAAGAGGAUUUGCCAGCAACAGCAGCAGCAGAAGGAGAGCAGGAGGGCAAAACUGAGGCCAUUGUCACUUCCCAAAAAACAGAGAGUGAUGAAGAAGUUGUUUCCUCCCCUGAACCCAUAAGCAGCCCCCCUGAGAGAGUGUCCGCGUGGGACACACUGAAACGCAUAGUUUUGUCAAAAAACAAGGCCAAAGUUGAGGAAAAGCCUGAGGAGUCUGCAGAACAAGUCCAAUCAGACAGUGAAGCACCAAAAGAGGAGUCAUCUUUCUCCUUGAAGAAGUUCUUGCCUGGUCGCAGAAAGAAGAAGGCUGAAAAACAAGCCUCCGCUGAACAUGGCUCAGUUGAGGAGGACUCAGACACCCCAGCUGUGGUUCCUCUCUCAGAGUAUGAUGAGAAAGCUGAAGCAGAACAGGAAGCACCAGCAGAACCACCUGUAGUCCAGAUUAAAGUGUCUGCUGAAGACAGAUCCCCUUCAUGGAUCCCUGCCAUUGUGGAAGAUGAUAAACACGAUGAGCUCAGUGACAUCCCAGAGGAGGCUGAGAAUGCUGCCACACCAAAAUCCAUUGACACUGACAUUGCAGAGGAUGAAAUCGAGGAGGAGGCUACUCCGCCCCCUAAAGCUCUAGGGCGUACAGGGCGCAGACUGUCCACAGCUGAGGUGAAGCCUGUCGCCCAAGCUCCAGCUGCAGAAACUACUCCUGUUCCUCAGGGACCCAGGCCAGAGAACGCAGAAGAGGUCAUGGGGGGCAUAGAGGCCCAAGUCAGUGAAAUUCCACCUGAGACAUCUGUGACUAUUGAAGAUGUACCAAUAGAGGUAGCUUCAGAAAAAAGUGAAGAUGAACCACCAGCUGAGAAUGCAGAUUCCACAAAGCCUGCCAUCCUAGAGCCCCAUACUCGCGGCGAAGCCAUGGCUAUCUGCACCGGCCUAGGAACUAAGGAGAUCGCCAAAGUAGCUCUGGAGAAACCUGUAAUGCCCAUCAUAGAGUGCAUGGCUGUGAUCCGUGACGCUCAAAGCACAGAGGUGUCGAAGGAAGAGAGGCCAGCAUGUCCAGAGGAAGCCAUUGCUUCUGAAGAUGAAGUGCUCAAGGCCCAGGUGCAACAAGUGGAAUGCACCACGCUUGAGCCUGCCGUUGAAAAUUCAGUGAAUGAUGUUGUACAUAUUCAAACAGCCAGUGAGAGCUAUGAACCUGAGAUUGAGAAGGUUGGAGUUUUGAGCACUGAGUCUGAAGUCCUUCAGACUACCACAGUGAGUGAGAACUCUCCUAAAGUUGUUGUAAUAAAUCCAAUUACACCAAUAUCUGAAACAGCUGUCUGCACCCUGAGCACAGAAGUCUCAGAGCAAACUAUCGAAACCAAGGAGGUGAAAUUUGACACUGAGAAGCUUGCUGCCACUGAAGAAAACACCCCUGUGAAAGAGGUAGUUCAGGCCAUAUGUGAAACCACAAAGGCCACCAUGUCAAAGGAGGCUGAGAAAGCCACCCCUGUAGCUGUACCAAGUGAGGAGGUUCCUGUAAUCACCGAAACAGUGGUCCUUGUGGCCCCGGUCACUGUGGAGUCUGACGAAGUGGCUGCAUCAGAUGCGGUGAUCAUUUCAGAACCAGUCAGUAAUGAACCAAUCCAGGUGCGAGAGACCAACCAGGAGGCCACCAUUGUUCAAACAGCAGAUUCAGAGGUCAGUGCAGUCAUUGACCAAGCCAGUGAGAAGAUGGAGGAAAUCAAGGAGGACAUCCAGCAGGCCAGUGAAAUUGAGACUCAGAGCAUGGUCAUUGCCCAGAAUGUCAUUCAGGAUGCCAUGGAUAAAGUUUCAGAAGAGGCGCCUGAACCCAAAAAGCCCACGACCCCAACAACCACCAUCCCAGAACCAGUCCAGGCUAUAGCAACAACAGAGAAAGAGAUUGAGAUCACAACAGAGGCCCCUGUUAUCACAGUUGUUGUUCCAACAGCCUGCGAAAAAACAGCACCAAAGUCACCUCAGCCACUUUGUGUUGCCGUGCAGGUCAUUGACACGAUCCCAGUAGAGGUUACAGGGAGCCUUGAUGUCUCUGUAGAGGAGGAGAAGAAACCAGAAGAAGGGUUAAAGAAAGCUGUGGAGGUAAAAGUAAGUGAAGAAACUGUCGUAGUGGAAGAAGUGGUGGAGAUAAAGACAGAGAGUCAGACAGGUGAAGAGCUUGAAGAGGUCAAGGAGGAACAGAGCAAAGAAGACACAGAGGUUCAGGAACCAGAUGUAAAAGAAGAAGCUGAGGAAAGGAAACCACAAUCAGAUGAAGCAAAAUCAGAGGCCCCUUCAGAGGAGGACAAAGAGAAAGUGCUCGAGAUUCACAUCCCAGUCCAAGUGGUCCUGCAGACAGCGCAAGUAUUUGAGGAACCGUCAGUAGAAGAAGAGGCUGUGGAAGAGUUUGAUAGCAAUGGUCCUGUGGCUGAAGACACUGGCGUAAAAGCUGAGAGCGCUGCCCGUGAAAACAAACUCCCCACGCUGUCAGAAGAACCACAAGCGUCGGCAGAGGUUUCCGCUCCCAGCCAACUCACAGAGGCAGCAGCCAGCCAACCAGAGACAGAGAAAACAUCAUCGGUGAAGUGUGCAGAGGUGAUGGCGCAGGUGAUCGAGGUGAUUGAGGAGGCUGUGAAGGAGAUCGAGCCUGUAUCAACAGAGAUCACAGCCACAUCAUGAGCAGCUGAAGAUACAAGACUGAUGCCUGGGAGACACACUGUCUGGACCAGGAAGUGAGUGAUGAGGGAGAGAAAGAGAGAGAGAGAGAGAGAGAAAGAGGCAGCUCUGUGGUAACACACUGAGACUGGGCUCCGCCCAUCCCGCCCAGAGAGACUGAGUGACUGAGCAACAGCUCCGCCAUUCUCUCCACCUCCCCUUCCACCUGUACUCCAACCCCAUCCUGCAGCCCUGUCACUGCAAUGUGACGUCCCACCACCAUAUCCUCACCCACUCACUCACUCACUCACUCUCUCACACACACACACACACACAUACACACACUCACACUCACACUAAAGCAUGUCCUGUGCCUCAGAAGCAUCCCAUCUGGCUUGUAAUCAGUGUGAUGUAUGUUCAGUGUCUCAGUGACUUUCCAUUGCCCUUGCUGCAUUAGACGAAAAGUCUGCAACCUGGUUGAGUGUGCAGCUGUUCGUGUGUGUGUGUGUGUGUGUGUGCGUGUGCGUAUGUCUGUGUGUGUGUUGGUAUGUGUAUAGUAGCGAGAGUGAGAUGGUGUAGGUGAAGAGAUGGAGGAUUAUUAUCUUGUAUAUUGUAUUUAUAUCUUGAAUAUUCUUUCAUUCACCCGUCGGUUUUUAUUUUUUGUUGUUGUAUGGACAUUGUUGCCUGUUUUUAAGAUUCCCUUAUUAAGCUGUGAUACAUCAGGUGUUCUUUUAAAGCAACACUAACAGUUGACGUUAUCUAAAAAGUUUCUAGUGAAAUUUACCAAAACAAAUGUGACACUGUUGCAUAUAAGCGACCUGUGUAUCACAGCUUUAAAAGUCAUUUUCAAUGAUUAUUUCAAGACAUUGCAGCAAUUAUAACUAAACCAUGGUACAAGUGUGAUUCCACUGACAGUAAGUGAUAAUACUGACAACAAGAGGGCAGAGAGUAUGAUGAUAUCUACCAGAAAUGCACCCCGUGUUUGACUUUUGACGCAUUCUUGAUCAUCACAAUGUGUUCUCACUCUGCACCCUGACAAAAUACUCAAUAAGCUUCAUGUAGAUAAGACAAAAAAAAAAAAAUCACUGCCUGAUUUACUGUGAAUAAGACAUUGUUACACAUUGUUUCAUGUAAUAAUACAAUAAAAUACUAUUAUAACACCCUCAUUUGAUCAUGUGGCAGAGGUAUUUGGUAAACAGUGAUGUGUAAAGGAUACAUAAUGCCAACUUGUGACACUGGAAGAGCCAUACUGCUUAGACACGUGCAUGUAAGAAACACAAAGCAUAUCAUGUUCUUGGUGUUUAAUGGCCAUGUUUUCUGAGUUACUGUGUGUGUGACAUACUGUAUGUAUUAUUUGUGUGUAGCGGUUUUAAGUUUAACACCUUCCUUACUACACAAUAUUUAUAUUUCUAGAUUAAAAGAAAGUAUAUUGACGCCCUCUGUUGCCUUCAAAAAGUAGUGCACCCUUUAGUCUUCAGGCAUUUUGUGUCAUUUUGACUUUAACUGUUUUAACCAGGGGCGAUAACACAAAAAACUGGUCUUAUGGUACCUGCCCUUGUGUCGUGUUCUUCACCCAGCAUGAUAGCUCAGGUUUCUAUAAACUGGCACCGGGGAGGACGUAGACUCACUGGUUUGGGGAUUUAGAGAGGCACAGACACUGACUGCUUGGUACCAGGAGUAAACAAAAAAGCUCAUUUUAUUCUUAAUUUAAAAGUCAAAUCAAGUUAAGUUCAACCAGGCAGUCAUGGUCAUUUCAUUGCUCACAGGAUAAGACAUCAGUUGCAUCCAAUUAAAUUCCUUAAAGCAUCUACUCAGCUACUUUGAGUCACGCAUCAAACCUAAGUAAUAAGGUCAGGGGUUAUUUUGCAAGUUUUUUAGGCUGGAGGAAUAUCUGAAGCAUUCCUGGGAUCCAGUUUCACCACCAAAGCAAACAUGACUAUGGGUUACACUGAUAUUUAUUUCCAACCAAAUUUUUGUCAAACUUGCACUGCGUCAAUCAUUCAGAUAACUUUAUAUUUAUCUGUGAGUGCUUUUUAAUCCACUGAUUUUAAUUUGGUUCCUGACACGAGGAGCUCUGGAAACUCACAUUUCACUCUUUUCAUUUCACUCGCUUUAUGACCAAACAAGAGAAAGAUCAGGAAGUACACCGACCCGUUAGGUCGCCACUUCCCUUUACUUUGACUCUAGAGGGUUGUGUCACAUUCACACUUGUUUCAUGUAAAAAUAAAUGAUUAAAUAAGAUAGAGUGAACUAAAGACUUUUGCUAUUGUUGCAUAAUGUAAAGCAUUUUAGUUGGGGCACCAGCCCACUUCAGUCCUCCCUGCUUUUUGUAACACACUUAACUGUGAACCUGUUAACAUUUGUACAGAUUGUUUACCUACUGUAUGUACUUAAAAAUCAUAUUGUUGUAAUAUUAACUAAUAACCUGCAGCAAUUUAGCAUAAUAUUCAUGUAGCAUGGUCUUAGUUGUGUUUUAUAUUUUCCAAGCUGUUAAUAGUAAGGAUACAAAAACUUGUCUAUAUUUCAUUCAAUAAAGUUAGAGAAAAUCGG